AUAACCUCACUUCCUCCGACGCUUUGUUUUGUUGGUAAGGUUGGUAAAAAAAAUUGCAUUUUAUCGGAAAAAAUAACUAAAAACAGUGUCGAAAAUGGUGCAAAAUGAUCAAUUAACUGUAAAGGAGAGACAGCAGAUAAUAGAGAAGGCAGCCAAUGCAAAGGAUCCCCUGGAUUGCGUCAGUGAAAUGUUGGUUUAUGAAAAGGAUGAUUUCCGAGUAAAACUGAAAUCCUGGAGGAAAGCUGACAUUCCACAGAAGACCCUCAAGUGGGCCAUAAAAUUGGCAGAACGGAAUGUAGGACCCUUCUACAGUUCAUGUUCUCUAGGAUGGCAGCCCAAGAUUAAACAGGCAGACAUGAAUAAACACUGGGCAAGGUAUCUCAUAGCCUAUAAUUCUGGGAACACUCCGGUUGCAUUUUGUAUGUUCAGAUUUGACAUUGACUAUGAGCGUUGUGUCCUGUACUGCUACGAAACUCAAUUGGAGGAGAGUGCACGUCGGAAAGGAUUGGGAUCUCACAUGAUGUCUAUACUCGAGAAAGCUGCAGCGCACUGGCGAAUGGAGAAGAUUGUGCUAACUGUACUGAAGAAUAAUCCAAGCGGUAUGGGUUUCUUCAGAAAAAUUGGCUACACGACUGACGAAACUUCACCGGGGAGGGAAGAAAAUCAACCUUACGAGAUCCUAAGCAGAGACAUUGCAGCAUAAUUUACAAAGAAAUACUUAUGCAACGUGAGAGAAUUCUUUUUAUUGUCCUUUUGUGUAGUUUUGGA